ACAGAAGCCAAUAUACAUGUUGGAAAAUUGGAAGUCAUUGAUCACUUCAUCAGGGAAGUAAAUCUAAAUGAAUCCAAAAUGAAUCAUGAGCAGAAGAAAGUAAAUAGCAAGCAUCAGGUCACAUCAGACAGGUUUUCAUCUCUCCCAGUGUCAGUAGGCAGUGCUGAGGAAGUCUCCCCAGAAUCAACCUGUACAGGCCUUGAAAAUCAGGACAAAGGAUUAUUACUAAAUGGUGUAUUUAAUGAGGAGGAAUCUGCAAAGUCUUUUCAGGAAGCUUUGACUCACUGGAGAAAAGGUAAUUGUGAUCACAGAGAAGAACUGUGUGCCAGCAAGGUCCUACCAGAAUCUGUGGGAAUUUGUGAGGUACAGACUGAUCUUACUGUUUUGAAGGAACCUAUCAAAAUAGAAUUCAAGAAGGAUGGCCUGAGCUACAUGGAGAAACUCUUGCUUAAGAAAUAUAGAAGAACUCCUGUUGAUCAAAUUUCUGGUAGUUGCAUUAAAGAUUUAAGACCUAUGCAAACACUGAGUGUACAUCAGGCUGUGAUUGAAGGAGGGGGAGAAGGAGAUGAUAGUGAUGACAAUGUCGAUGACUUAACAGUUGAAGAGGUGAAGAGAUAUUGGACAUCUGUUUUUAGAGAGGAAGUACCCAACACUAUUUCUGAAAGUGCAGAGUCCUCUUUGAAAAUUGAGUUCCUUGAUGAUUCUUAUGGCAAGGACUUGGAAGAAUCAUCUAACCUUUUGGAGAUGGGAGCUGGGGCUAUGGGAGUGAAUAAGCAAGGAAAAACUGAACCACUCCGGCAGUGUGGAAGACAAACUGUAGGCAUAGUGAGUAAGUCAUCUUGUCAUUUAAUGUCCACAGCUGACACAUAUUUUUUACCUCUUCCUCUUGACAGAAAUCCUGUUUCUUCUAAAGAAGUUUCUCAAGAAAGAAUGGUGGUCUGCAGUCAUCUUGAAACAAAUGCCGUGCAAAAGGAGAGUAUUAAACUAAAGACUACAAGAAGAUCACUUAGAUUGUGUAAACUACCUGAGAAGAUCUCUAACCCUACUGAACUAAUGAACAACAAAUAUCUCCUUGAGACACAACUGCAGGAAAACAACAAAGAUUCACAAGAACUGCACAGUGUCUGCACUAGUCAGAGUGUGGUUUUGCCUGUAAUUACAAAGUCUACAGCGUUACAGGAUGUAGCCAAAACACAGAUAUCUGUCUCUACACAGUACUGGGGACUUGAAGGUUUCUUUGUUGUAGGUGCAAACCCUAAACAAGUAAUUCUCAAAGCGCAUGCUUCACUGUGUGCUCACUUUCCCCCUAUGGACAGUAGUAUCCCAUUUCCAGGAGGUGCAAAGUGGGUUCCUGAAAGGAGCUUAAGUGAAUACGCUGAUGACUCUCUAGUUCAAGGUGUCUUAGAAAGUCAGUUGAUUAGACCCUCAAGUGGUUUAGAGACUCAACAUGGAAUUUCUCCCCUGAUGGUAGCAUGGAGGCCAUACCCAGGGAAUGAUUCUAGAAGACCUUGGUCAACAAAUACGCUAUGCUGUAAACUGACUGGAAAUUGUCCAACAAACACACAGCCAAGACCAAAGAGUUCACCCCUGCAUGUGUUUAGAGUUGAUACUGAAAUAUCAAAACGCAAGUGCCUUGACGUAACUAAACAAGAUGAGUAUCUUUGGGAAUAUAUUGCUGACCAAGAAGCCCUACUUACUCUGGAAGAAGAAUUACGAAGUUAUACAGGUCCUGAAAAACAUUACAGCUUAACUUCUGGAGAUGUAACCUCCUCCGGCAGCCACUCAGAGAAGAUACGUAGAAAUACUACAAAUUUCCGUAAAAAUCUGGAACUAAAAGACCACAACAGAGUUGAUACUCUUGGGGGCUGGGAUGAAAGCCAAAUGGAUGAUGAGGAAGAAAUUCUGGAGGAUAAGCAACAGGUUCUUGCAUUACAGUGA